AUGGCCCAGUUGUUAUCCAGUUCCAAAUCAUAUGUUGGAAAACCAUCUUUCAAGGCACCAGAAAUAAAUUCAAGUGAGGAAUUCAGCUAUAGUACUUAAGUAGACGUUUGGUCACUAGGAGUAAUUCUUUACUACAUGUGCUCUAAGAAAUACCAAUACUAAGGAAAGACAAUAGCCAAUAUUAAGUAACAAGAUUAGACAAAGCAUAUUCUACUUGAAGGUGAAUAGAAGGUAUUCGAGCCACUCCUUAAUAAAAUGCUAUAGUUCAACCCUGCUUUAAGAAUAGAUGCGCACUAGGUGCUUCUAGAACUUUGCAAACUUAACAACGAACCGCUCAUCAAGCAUUUAGAAAUAGAGGAAGAAAAGCAAAGUCUUCAUAGUCCUCCUAGAAAUGUUGUUGCCAAUACUAGGAGACUUCAACUAUGGUGCGAUUGA